AUGGACCCGUUAUCGCUCACAGCAAAUCUCGCUGCCGUCAUCGGCCUCAUCGACACAAUAUGUCGCAUCGGAAAGGAAACAUACCAGCUCAUUGCGGCUGUAAAGAAUGUCCCCGCAGAAAUCCAACAGCUGCAGGUGGAGAUGCACGAGGUGGAGUUCCUCCUCGAAAAUGUCCAUCGCUACUGUGAUGAGUACCAGAACAGAUUGCCUUCACUGAGCUUGCAGAAGACCUCGCCGGUUAUGCAUAUCUACUCAACUCUCAAAUCCCUGGAGAAAGAGUAUGAUAAUAUCUCCGCCAUUGUGGCCAAGAACCUCGAUGUUCAGUCGAGUCGUACGAAGCAGAAGCUGAAGAUGGUGGGAGGAAGAGUCAAAUUGGUGCUUGGAGGGAAGUUGGAGCGUUCAUUUCGGAAUCUGGAUAGAAGCGAUUGGAUAGUAUUCAUGAUGCUGUGUCGACUAUCAGAGACAGUAGUCAGAUACCUGUCGAAUAUCGACGACAGGUCUGCAGCUUGGUCAGAGAAAGGUCAAGACCGGCCUGACUUUUCUCAAUCUCUCGAGGCUAUCGACACGCUCAUGGCACAGCUCACAGCUAUGAAAAUACGCAUCGAAAAGCAGGAUGACAAGAUAGAAGUUUCCAUGGACAACUGGGACAACUUUGAAGAUGUCAAACGCGCUUCUCUGCCUCUGAUGUUGCUCCAAUCCAAGGUCCGAGAAGCAUUACAGUUGUUGUCGACCCCGCAACCGGGACAUGAGAAGCUGUCCAAUAUAGAUGUGCAGUGGGUUCGAACUGAGCUGGAGAGUCUGCUCGCGAGUAGCCACGAGAAAGCCGCGACCGCCAUCAAGAUGAAUUCGCAGAAAAGCAACACUGUCCCCCGUGAUUCUAGACGGCAUAUCGCAGGCAAUAUUUCUAACAAACGAGGAAACAGAUUGCAACCUACUCAGCAGAUUGUAUCAUCGCAGGUUGUGCUCCAAGAUUCUCCCGCGGGCAAAGUCUCCAUCCGGGUCCAGUGGACCAAAGAUGCUGACUCGAAAUCCGCCCGUGCAUCUGACAUUCUUCUUCUCCUGGCACCCAAUCCACAGGUGGCAGAAGAUGGUCUUCUUGUUUCGCUUUCGAGGCUUCAUGACGGGUUGAGUAAGCCCACAAUCACGCGACAUGUCUCAGCCUACGCGAUCGUCGAGACAACAUCGCCUGUAUUUACAUGUGUCGAGGCCAAUGACAUACAAUCGCUACGGCUACUUUUGAAGAGCAGGGAAUUUUCGCCCACCGUGCGAAAUACGGAAAAUGAGAGUCUCUUAUCUUUUGCGGCACGACUCCUUCGCUUCGAGAUGUGUGACCUCCUUCUCAAUGAAGGAGCAGACCCCAACCAUUGCCGCAGUGACGGAGCAAACGCGAUCUACGACGUACGAAAUGCCUUCUGGUACCGAGCAACCAAUUAUACCAUCCACAAAGCCACCCUUUACCGUAUCCUCCGUCUAUUCAUCUCCGCCGGCUGCGACAUUAACUCCGUCGCUCUCGGUGGCAGCCCCCUCCAUUUCACCGUCAGCCAUACGCUUCCCGGCUCUGAGCUCAUCAAUGAGGAAGAGAUCGUCGCUCUAAUCAAUCUACUAGUCGGCAGUGGCUGUGACAUCGAGCACAAGAACGCCGACGGCCUCACCCCACUCUUGUACAACGCCUGCAUCCCACGAUGGCACGGAGUUGUGGUGCUCCGGGAGCUUCUCCAAUGGGGCGCAAAUCCGCACGCAACGUCCCACCUCGGCGAGGGCGCGCUGCAUCUGGCCAUGGCGUUUUCAGGGCCGGAAUCUGUGCACGGCCAGUUGGAGGGGGAUUCGUUGGAGACACGGCUCGGCAUCCUGCUGCAGGUGGGAUGCGACCCGAAUCUGCGAGAUGGAUACGGACACACUCCGUCGGACUUUGCGCUGAGUUCUCCACGGAUUUGGUUCCAGUGGUGCUUGGCUGUGGAGAGGGUUGGGCUGUCUGUGAAGGAUGUUUUGGGCAGGGAGGGUGUCUCCGAAGACGUCCAGCCGGUGCAAGGCUCUGCUUCCGCAGAUUCAGAUUGGGAAUCUUGCAGCGGCAGUGACGACGAGGAUGGAAGUGAGGAGAGCACGGGCUCGGAAACUUGCUCGGACACCGAACACAUCUUCCUCUGCUGGAACGGGUUCUUCCCAUGGAGUGUUCCGCCGUGCUGUGCCGAUUGUGGUCUCGUUUGCGAAGCAGAUGAUAUCAAGCGGAGGAAAUGGGACGCCUGGAUGGUCUUUCAGGGAUUGAGAACAAAAUUCAUGAUCAAUAACCUUAAUUAG